GCCUCUGCGACUUGUUAGUCAAACCUAUUUAUCCCGUAUGUCCAAGCCUGAGGCAUUCCCGUUCACGGACUUCGGCUUUAUGGCUACCUCGGACUCUGCUUUACCCGUAUUCGCCAUCGUUGUGCUCAGCAUCAUGGCCAUGGCUUUCUUGCUCAUCGGCUACUUCACUUUCGUCACCAGAUGCUGCUCUUACUGGCACCACCUCAACCCUCUCACAUGGCUUUCCAUUCUGCGUCCCAGACACAGCGAAGAACCGUUCAUAGCUCUCUCCCCCACCAUGUGGAAUCGUGGCCUCGAUGAAUCCAUCAUCCGAGAAAUACCCACAUUCCAGUUUGUCAAAGGUGAGGAUCAUGCUGGUAGUGUGAGCACUGUGUAUGGGUGCGUGGUAUGUUUGAGUGAGUUUCAACAACAGGACAUGCUCAAAGUUCUGCCCAAAUGCAGCCACGCUUUUCACUUGGACUGUGUUGACAUUUGGCUUCAGAGCAACGCCAAUUGUCCUCUUUGCAGAUCAAGCAUUUCGGGUACCGCUCGUCCUCCAUUGGACCAUAUUGUGGCACCCAGCUCUUCUCCCCAAGAUUCUCAGUUACUCUCCAAUAUGGGUAGCGAUGAAGACUUUGUGGUCAUUGAACUGGGGGAAGAAGAUGGGGGAUCUCUGUCACUGGGGCAACAUGAACGAAAUCAGUCGAGCGGGGGAAGCUUGGCACCGAGCAGAAGUCGCUCUGCAAGGAAGAUGGAGCAGAAGCUGGGGCACUUGAAACCGAGGAAGUGGCAGCACCUGUCCAUCAUGGGAGACGAGUGUAUUGAUACGAGGAAGAAAGAUGAACACUUCUGUAUUCAGCCCCUUCGAAGAUCUUUCUCCAUGGAUUCUGCAAAUGAUAGGCAAGUUUACUUGGAAGUUCAAGCCAUUGCACAGCAGCCACAUAGGCAUCAAAACGAGGCAAGCGGGAGUGAAGACAGUAACAGUAACAGCAGAGGUCGAAGGUCUUUCUUUCCAUUUCGUUAUGGUCGUGGAUCCAAAAAUGCGGUGCUUCCCCUGGAGAACGAAGUCUGAUGUAACAAAUUUUGUUCCCUUUUUUUCUUGGUUGUUCUCUUAAUUUCCAGUCGUUAAUGUUAAUAUCUUCAAAGUGGGGGAUUAGAAAUGAGUGACACAAAAAACAAUAGAGCGCUUUUGCAAUUAUAGGGAAUGGCGAAGUGAGUCGGACGGUGGAAGUGGAACAGAGGCAUUGCUUUUAGUGUCAUUUGCUUAGA